AUGAUGAUGUCUAUGUGUUACUACUGCAAUCAGCAAUGAAUUAGGUCAUAUCGCUUCUCGCUGUCCAAACAAGGACAAUAAAAACGUCGUUAAGAAGAGCAACAGUGGCAGAAACGACAGCAGUGGAAAUGUUGAGCAUCAAGUGAAUACCGACACUAUGAAGUCUGCCACAGAUUAUUUAGAAAUUGAAUCCGGUGAGAAAUUUUCAUUUUGUUUUGAUUCAGGUGCUCAGUGCUUUCUAGUUAAAGAAAGUUUGGCAGAAAGGUUUCCUGGCAAACGUCUUCAUGCUUUAGUGACAUUAUUAGGUAUAGGUUCAUUCAACGUAAAUUGUAACGUUCAAAUACUAACAGAUGUCACUAUACAAGGAUACUCAAUGCAGGUAUUAUUUCAUGUAGUGCCAGAUGAAUGUAUUCCUGAAACAAUUAUGGUUGGAAGGGUUGGCAAAGUGUUUUGUUUAUUGUGGAUACCACUACACAAGGGAUGUAGUGAUGUGUUAUGUUUAAUGUGGAUACUAGUUUCGAGUAAUGAAUACUGA